AACUAAAAUUUUUUAUUUCCUUUUAAUUAACCAUUUUUGAAUUUACAGCAGUAAUGUUCAAAACAUUGUUCUUUGCAUUUACAUUCAGCACUUUUAUUCUUUUAUCAAAAUGGGCAAUUUGUGAUUGCAGUACAGUUAAAGAACAGGAAUUUUUGAUGGAGAAAAAUAUUUUGGAAAUGAAAGAAAUUUUUAGAUUUGAGAGUAUUACUUCUAGGCUUGUUGACAAAAUUCUAGAGAGCACAAUUCGCUGUAGUAAGCAUAAUUCUUUAAGAGAAUUUGCUGUUCAAUGUCAAAUGGAAAGAAUAUUUGUUAAAAAAGAACUUUCUAGUAGUGAAAGCUGGAGUUUUCAAAUUGAAGACUCCCAUGGAAAAGAAUCAUCUGGAAGACUUCAAGACAGAAGGAUAUGGUAUGGAGAAUACGAUCAAUGUUAUAGUGUUUAUAAGACAGUGAAUAUUACUGGAGAGAAUGAAAUGUUAAAAGGCUUCUAUGUGUUGAUCACAGCAAAAGGAAAGAGACCAGAUAUUGAAAUUGAUGACUAUUUUACAACUGGAUUUUGUGCAUUACCAAAAUGUAGAAAAUUUAUGGAAAAUGCUCUAAAAUAUAAAAUCAAGAAUGAAUCUUGCGAAGAGCAACUAUCAGAAGGUGAAUUUAAAAUGGAUAAUAUAAAAAUUCCACUUAGAAAUGAUGCUUCUGGAUUGGCCGGAAUAAUAUUUUUUUCUAUAUUUUUUUCCUUGGUAAUUGGUGGAACAUUUUAUGAUCAUUUUAGUAAAAAAUUCCAAAGUACAAAUGAUAAACAGAAAGUAAAUGGAGAUGAAAAUUUAACAGCAACUGUUGCAUUACAAGGUGCAGUCUUGCCAAUUUUUAAAUAUGGGCCAGGAGUUGUAGAAUUGAAAACAAUUGGACAAGAACAUAUAGAUCCUUGUAGAAAAACUUGGUGGAGAAAUCUAUUAUUCAUACACAACUUUUUUCCACAGGAAGAGAUGUGUGCUGUUGCAACCUGGUAUAUCAGUUGCGAUGUACAAAUAUACUUUGCUCUUAGUAUAGGCUUAUUUCUUUAUAUUGUGCAGGGAUGCCCAAGAACAGCCAGUAACAAUGAAAAUAAGGACAGAGUUAUUGCUCUAAUCAGAGAUAAUAGGAGAAUAAGCCAGGCUGAGAUAUCUCAAACAUUGAACAUAGGUCAUGCUGCUGUUGAAGAUUUGAUUUCCAGUCUUGGGAUGAGACAGAUUGUCUCAAGAUGGAUUCCUUACCAACUCGAUUGGUAUCAGAAAGACAAAAGGGUAUAG